UGGAGCUGUGCGUGGCCAGGCGCGGGUCGGCUUUUGCGCGCUGUUCCUGAGCAUGGCUCCGCGCUUCUGGUUCUGGUGUCACCGGUCGGCGUGGCCUCGGAUCCGACCGCCUCUCGCCAGGAAUACCCCGACCCUACAUUUCUACCAGCAGUUCUCCACGCAGGAAAAGGCUCCUCAGAUCUGUGUGGUGGGCAGCGGCCCAGCUGGCUUCUAUACAGCCCAACACCUGCUAAAGCACCAUCCCCAGGCCCAGGUGGACAUCUACGAGAAGCAGCCGGUGCCCUUUGGCCUGGUGCGCUUUGGUGUGGCUCCCGAUCACCCUGAGGUGAAGAACGUCGUCCACACGUUCACCCAGACGGCCCGCUCUGACCGCUGCGCCUUCUGGGGCAACGUGUCCGUCGGCAGGGACGUGACGGUGCCGGAGUUACAGGAGGCCUACCACGCUGUGGUGCUGAGCUAUGGGGCGGAGGACCACCGGGCCCUGGGGGUUCCCGGUGAGGAGCUGCCUGGCGUGCUGUCUGCCCGGGCCUUUGUGGGCUGGUACAACGGGCUCCCUGAGAACCGGGAGCUGAUGCCGGACCUGAACUGUGACACAGCGGUGAUUCUGGGGCAGGGGAAUGUGGCUCUGGAUGUGGCCCGCAUCCUGCUGACCCCACCUGAGCACCUGGAGAAAACGGACAUCACAGAGGCUGCUUUGGGGGUGCUGAGGCAGAGUCAGGUGAAGACCGUGUGGAUAGUGGGCCGGCGAGGGCCCCUACAAGUGGCCUUCACCAUCAAGGAGCUUCGGGAGAUGAUCCAGUUACCAGGAACACGGCCCCUUCUGGAUCCUAAGGAUUUUUUAGGUCUUCAGGACAGCAUAAAGGAGGUCCCGAGGCCCAGGAGGCGGCUGAGCGAACUGCUGCUGCGCACAGCCAUGGAGCAGCCACGCGCGGAGGAGGCCGCCCGCCGAGCCCUGGCCUCCCGAGCCUGGGGCCUCCGCUUUUGCCGAAGCCCCCAGCAGGUGCUUCCCACUCCAGAUGGGCGGCGGGCAGCAGGAAUCCGCCUGGCGAUCACCAGACUGGAAGACGUCGGGGAGGCGGCCCAGGCGGUGCCCACAGGAGACACCGAGGACCUCCCCUGUGGGCUGGUGCUGAGCAGUGUUGGCUACAAGAGCCGCUCCAUUGACCCCAGUGUGCCCUUUGACCCUAAACUUGGCAUCAUCCCCAAUACAGAAGGCCGGGUUGUGGAGGUGCCAGGACUCUACUGCAGCGGCUGGGUGAAGAGGGGACCCGUGGGCGUCAUUGCCACCACCAUGACGGACAGCUUCCUCACCAGCCAGCAGCUGCUGCAGGACCUGAAGGCCGGGCUGCUGCCCUCUGGCCCCCGGCCCGGCUCUGCAGCCAUCCAGGCCCUGCUCAGGAGCCGAGGAGUCCGGCCAGUCUCCUUCUCAGACUGGGAGAAGCUGGAUGCCGAGGAGGUGUCCCGAGGCCAGAGCGCCGGGAAGCCCCGAGAGAAGCUGGUAGAUCCACAGGAGAUGCUGCGGCUGUUGGGAGGCUGAGCCCGGAUCCCUGCCCAGGCUCCUGGGACACUGAGCCCGGAUCCAGGCCCAGGUCAACGAAGGGAGAGGGCUGAGCCCCGCUCCACACCCUAGACACCCACUGCCCACCCUGGCCUGGGGUCUUGGCUGCCUCCCGGUGGACACGCAGGCCGACGCUGCCCCGCUCCGCCGUCCCCCUCCCGCUGGACUCCGGAGGGCCACUCGGUGGGGGG